AAAUCUCCAAUUUCCCCCGUCCCUCAUUGCUUACAGCUCUCAAACCCUAAGUAUUUAUUUUCUUGCUCUCUCUCUCUCUCCCUCUCGAAUUUAUUCGAUCUCCGUCUAUUAUCAGUUACUGCGAAUCAAAAUCGGGCGGGAAAUCGGAUGCCAAGAGCGAUCUCCGUUUUUCAUCUCUGCGAUUUAGGGUUUCUACACCAGCGCGCGAGAGAGGGAUUCGUUUGAUGCAGUGGUUAGAGCUGUGGAAAACGAUCUGGCUUUUGAAACGUAUUGGUCCUUGGCAUGUCAACGGUUCUUUGAUCGUCUCCUAUCGUUGGCUGUAAACUGCUAUUGAUAAUGGGAAACAGUUUCACCAUCAAUAACGAAAUGGAAUCUGAAGGCUCGAAAUUUGGAGCAGAUCUGAGAGAAUAGGGUGGCGCUUUCGACUAAUUGCAUGAACAGUGAUUUUCUUCCUCUUCGUAUUCCAAUGGAAUCUCAACCUCAGGCCACAGAGCAAUCAUCAUCGCCCCCGCCAGCAAAUUCUGAAACCCUAGUGUCCUUUUACUCCUAUUAUUUGUGGAAUCGAUUCGCUUCUCUGAUUCCUUCUUCGGGUUUCAAUUUUCUCGGGAAAUUCUCUAAUAAAUAUCGCCAAACAAAUACAAGAAGACGACGACAACACUUCCUUCCACUUCCUCUACCCUCCGAUUAUCCAGAUUCUUAUGCGGCCUCGUCGGAGAUAUCCAGAAUUUAUGAUGUUUUGGCGGAUAUAAUGGCUUACUUCCUCUCGAAUUUGCACGAUAUACAGAAGAGUUUGCAAUUUUGGCAAUCUAGAGUCGAGGAUUCCGAUGCUCGGAAAGCAUAUUUCAUGAUUUUCGAGAGAGGUCCCAUGGCUUUUUUUGAUGAGACUGUAAAAUUCGUGCACAAAAGUCUUGGCGAGGGAUUUGCAACGCGUCAUCUGUGUCAAUCAGCUUCGUCUCACAUGUCCGAGAGGAUAAGGGUCUUGAUGGAAUUAAGAUGUGCACUUGCUUCCUUUCUUGCUCAGCUCUAUGUUGAGAUGGAUAAAUGCGGGACAGAUUCCCUGAAGAAUCCAGAAAAGUCUUUGACAUCAUUAUUGGCCAUUAUAAAUGGAUUGUUUUUGAACUUGGAGGCAUCAAUCCGCCAUUUGCAUGCUGAGCGUGAGUCUAAUUCUCCGGUCGAUGGAAGUUGCUCAAUGCCUCUUGUAUUCGAUAAUAUCCCAGAAGUUAAUCAAGAAGGGUCCCAAUGGACCGAUUGUGAACUCAAAGAUGCUAUCAAUGUGAUAUAUAAGAACUUGGAGAAACUUGAAUCAUAUUUAUCAUUUACGGUUGGAAAGCAUCGAAAGCCAAAGAAAAUAACCCUAUAUUGGGUUCGGUAUACUUGUGGUGCGGUUGGAUUCGGUGCUCUUUCUAUAUGGCUACUACGCCAUAGUAGGUUGAUGGGAAGUUCUGAUAUUGAUAAUUGGAUUCGUGAUGCAAAGGAAGCAACAACGAUUUUCUUUAGUGAUCAUGUUGAGCAACCGUUGCUUGCUAUUAGGGAUGAACUUUUCGAUACUUUCCGUAAAAGGCACAAAGGUGUUAUGGAAAUUGAAGAAGUGCAAUUGACUCAAGACUCCCUACAUAGAAUGCUUAUGAACUUUUGUGAGCAGACAUCACGUGAAAAACACCCAGAAAAUGCAUCUGACCAGCAGAUGCUUGAAGUUGUGAUGAACCGAUACGAAAAAGAACUGGUUCACCCUAUUCAUAAUCUUCUAGGCGGAGAGCUUGCUCGUGCUCUACUUAUACAGGUCCAAAAGCUUAAACUAGAUAUCGAAACGGCAAUGCUUGAAUUGGAUCAGAUUCUCCGGGCAAACGAAAUAAACUUUGCUAUUCUGGCUGCAUUACCUGCAUUCUUUCUCAGCCUUAUCAUGUUCACGUUGUUCCGGACAUGGCUCAAAAAGGAUAGCAGAGCAGUAGGAAGAGGAAGAAUUGCUCGUAUCCACAGGAGACUGCUCGUCAUCGAGAUCGAGAAGAGAAUCAUGGAGCACCAAAGCUGCGUAGAACAAGGACGUGAAAAGGAUGCGGAAUGCAUGUUUGGAUUGGUAAUAUACAACCUCGACCGUCUAUACCGGGUUGUUGAGAGGCAUGCUAGAGCAACCGGCGAAUGGGAUUUAUUGAAGCAGGAGCUAAUCGAGUUGGGAAACCCGCAACUGCCAUCAUCGUAUAAGCUCGGAGUCACUCGGCGCCUAGUCGGGGUGUACGACUGCUUGCUUCCUCCGCUAAAGCGGCAGUAACAUCUUUCUCCCGUCUCUCGUCUCUUUUUAUUAUUAUUUUUUCUUCCCGAAAGGCAACAAAAUCUUUCUGAAAACGCGACAUGGUCGUGGAAUCUUCGAGCGGAACAUCUCGGGUUAAGGAUGACCGGCAGGUUUAAGGUGGGUGAAAAAUCGGCAAUGGGAACAAUUUACCGGAAUCGUUGUCACUCUUCAUUUGAGCAUCUUAUGAUUGUUGUUUGUUGCCUCCACCAAAUGUGAAAUCACAGGAUGGUGGGAUCAUUUGCUGAAUGCGAAAAAAAGAAGUUAAUUUGCACCAAAAAAAUUGAUUUUACCAAUAAUACUCGAUGAUAUUUAUUUUUCUUA